GCCCGCCGCAGCGUCUCUGUCGUUUCGACGUCAGAUCAAGGCACAGCUGGCAUCGAUGCAGCUUGAGUUCGAAAGUUGUGAGGAGAUCUUGCGAGAUUGGCCGCCUGGCCGCCUUUAUACUCGUCGAGCGGCAGCGGGUCGGCGCCCGAUCGCGCCUAGCGCAUGCCCGUCACGCGACUGAAUUUUGCAACAACAACCCUCGUCCGACAAGCCAUUCCACCGCCUACCACGCGAUCUCCGUCCAGCAGCAGCAGCUCCCUCGCCGCCGACACGCUCGCCUUCGCCAUGUCGCAGCCUCCGCUGGAUCGCCCGCAGCCGUCAGCUGCCAGCUACGCGAUCGCUGCAGCCAUCAUCGCCUUCACCACCGGCUACUUUGUGGGCAGCGCCCGCUCGAUUGGCUUAUUCGGCCGGUCGCCCGCCCGCCCCGCCACAUCGGGAGCGGCCUUGGACAACGACGAUUCCGCGUCAGACUCCGACGAGUCCGCCCACGACCUGGGCGAGCUGCAGGCGUUCGAUGGGAGCAAAGAAGAAUGCAAACUCGUCCUCGUCGUGAGGACAGAUCUGGGCAUGACCAAAGGCAAAAUAGCGGCACAAUGCGGGCAUGCGACGCUCGCGUGUUACAAAGCCUUCCUGCGCAGUGAUCCGAACCAUCCGUUGCUGAAGCGGUGGGAGCACCUCGGCCAAGCCAAAGUAGCGCUCAAAGUAGACAGCGAAGACGAGAUGCUCAUGCUGCAAGCUACUGCUGUUAGUCUCGGUCUCUGCGCAAAGGUCAUUCACGACGCUGGCCGCACGCAGAUUGCCAGCGGAUCGGCCACUGUGCUGGGCAUCGGUCCUGCUCCAAAGAGCAAGAUCGACGAGGUCACCGGACAUCUCAAGCUGUUGUGAAGAGCUCCACACCGGAUAAGGAAAUCACAUCCCCAGCAGAGGAGCGGUAGCACAUCGCCUGCUUCGUUCCUCAGCGAUCAAAUCGGCCCUCCUCUUGUGUAGUCUGGUACAACAGCGUGCAUAUGACCUCCUAUGCAUUGUCGCCAAUUGCGGAGACUGCCCUUCUGGAAGGCCUACGAAGCUCUCGUGAUCAAAGCUUUCAUCUGCACAAAAGUUGACAGGGGGGGUUUCGGCGUCUGACCGCACUCCUGGGUCAUGCUCGGCCUUCGCCAAGCGUAGAUAAGGCAUUUCCGCAUCGCCGCAGUCAAUUUAACUGAAGGCGAUAACAGUCAUGUGAGGUCCUGGGAGGCGCCCGAUAAUGCUUGACGCAACAUCGUUCACAAUCUCGCGGACACUUUAUUCACUCAUCAGCGAACGCGUAGCGUUCUUGCUCACAACUCGUGCCAACUGCGAAAUCGCAUCGGAGAUCAAGCGCAAGUCCUGCUUGCAGGCUUUGGAUCAAUGCGUGGAAGAAAAUACCAUGUCUUCACCCGCGCGCUGUUUCAAAGAUGGACCAUUGAUAUACCCACGGAAUCUACGAGCGAUCAACCAUAUAGAAGAAUAGAAUCGGAAAGUAUUCAAGUCAGAUGCGCAG